AUGGAAGGGGAGGAGGAGAUCGGCCUCGUCCUCGCCCGCGCCUCCGACCUUCGCUCCAGGAUCUCCGCCUGCGCUGCCGCCGCACGGCCACCGCCGCGGCUGGGUGCCGGGGAGGAGGACGACGGCGGAGAGGAGGAGGAAGAGGAGGUGGAGGUGGAGAGCCUGGUAGGCAUCAACGACGCGCUCGAGUCGCUCGAGCGGCAGCUCGCCUCCCUGCAGUGCCACUGCCAGGACCUCCAACACCAACAAAGAUAUGAACGAGAAACUGUCCUGAGCCAGAUUGAUCGGAGUCGAACAUCUCUCCUUAACAAGCUGAAAGAAUACAAGGGAGAGGACUGUGAAGCAAUCCAUGAGGCUGCUGCAUUUGCUGGUGAAAAAAUCGAAAAUGAUGAUGGUCUCAUCCUACCUCCUUACUCGGGCCAUGUCACCAAUUCAUUUGUGCUCGAUGAUCUCUAUCCUGCAAACUACGUGUCCAAGCCCAAGUGCCUGCACAACGGACUGCGUUCUGAUGGAAUGACUGAAGAUAGCACAAGGACGAACAGGACGCAAAACAGAAUCCCUGGCACAUCAAGCCGUAAUUCAUCAGGAGGGAUCAGAUCUUUGAUCGGAUGGAUGGCUAAAACAGCGGUCAUGAUUGUGGGCGCCAUAUCAAUCAUGAAGGCUGCUGGCUACGAGCCCACAAUAGGGAGGAGCGGCAUAAAACUGGACAUUGCAGGUCUGUUGGGUAAAGAGGCGGCUGGUGCAAAAGAGCAGGUUCCUCCUACUCUACAGUGCCCUCCUGGGAAGGUAAUGGUGCUUGGAGGAGAUGGCCGGGCGCACUGCGUUGUGAAGGAAAGAGUUGAGAUCCCCUUUGGCAGCAGCCUUGAUGCCCCAAAUGCAAGCUACGGCUUAGGUUGA